AUGGUCGUUUUCCUAACAAACUUCAUAUUAGACGCUUUUGGCUUAUUCGCGGAUGAGCUUCUUCUAAGUGCCGCUGAAUGCGCAAGACAAGCUAAUAGGUCCGGAAUCGACGAUAAGUUGAGUAUGAAUCCAGUGUUCGUGCAGUUCAGCACUUGUCCUUGUGCAGACUGUACAAAUGCGCAUGCUGUCAAGGCUAGUAAAAUGCUGAGCGCAUUCUAUGAACGACGUUUCGGCAAUACCACAUUUUCGUUAUAA